AUGAAAUCACCACUCCAAAAAAAUACCAAUACGGAAAAUCACAUCAUGUUCCUAAAAAAAAAUCCACCUAUGAUGAACAAACCAAAUAAUGGACAAGCAAAUUUUGGAUUACAACUAAACAAUCCGAAAAAAUUUGAUGAGCCAUAUGGGAAUGGAAAAAAUAGUAAAUAUCAAUAUUUGGAUUCAAGUCAUUUGAAAAUGUUAGACUUAAACAAAAACAUUUUAAAUAUGUUGCCAAAACCAGUAGAACCAUCAUUAAAUUUGGAAAAUUUAUGCAAAGAAACUAAUGCUACUUUAAGGAAUAAUACAAAUGUAUUCGAAAAUGAACACCCUGGAAAAUUUAAGUCAAAUGCCAAUCAGCAAGAUGGAAAUAAAAAUAUAAAACAUUUUUAUGAAUUAGGAUUACCAGAAAUUGUAGGAACAUAUAUUCAGCCAUUAGAUAAAAGAGAAAAUCAUGAUACAAAAAUUGACACAUUAGAAAAUUUCCCUUUCCCUUUAGGAUCAACAUCAUCAUCUCCUUUUUUUCAACCUCCGAAUUUUUCGACAAAACUUAUUCCCCCAUCUAAUAAUUUUUCAUCUUUGAAUAUAAAUAAUAAAAACGCUAAAAAUAUAUAUGGAUUGCCAUCGUAUUUAAUUCCAGAAGGAAAACCUCAAAACUUAACGAUGACUGUUGUGCCUAAUAAGAAUAAAGAUGUUUUAGAACAAGAGGCAAAAUAUUUAAAGACGUUGUUAGACAAUUCAUCCCAAGGAAUUGUUAAUUCAACUCCGGAUUACCAAAAAAUUAUUUCUUCCCCCAAUUUAUCAAAUAAUAAAAAUUAUAGCAAUAAUAACAGUACCAUCAUUAAUAAUAAUGAUAUAGAAAGUGAUUUCAGUUUUGGAAAAAAUGAAAAUUUAGAAACUCAUGAAAAUACAAAAUCAUACAGCAAUGACGAUAAAUAUGAAGAUAGCUAUAAUUCUUUUAUUAAUGAAUAUUAUGAUGGAAAUAAUUCUGGAUCUUCUGGAAAAGGAAAUGAAUUUACUUUAAAGGAUGCUAAUAAUAACGAUGAAAAUGAUAUUCAUUCAAAACAAAAUAAAAAAUUAGAAAAAGUAAAUAAAAAACAAUACAAUAAGAAAAAUAGUACUAGCAGUUUUAAUGAGUUAAAUGGAAUAAAAUCAGGAGAAAAACUCGAUAUUGAAUUUAAAAAUGAAGAAAAAAGUACUAUUACUUUAUUACCAUCAAAAAAAACACAACUAACAAAAAAAAAAGAAUACAAUUCUUCAUUAAAAAAUCAAGAACCGUCUACAUCCUUUAAAAAUCCUAAAACAUACAUUAAUAUACGCUUAGGAAAACCCAAAAAAGCUUAUUCUACUACUAGUUCUGAUCCUAUAGACAGGAAAUUACAAGAUUGGCAUAAUACUCAUAAUAGUCAAAUCGGAUGGGAAAAAAUAAGAAGAGGUGUUUAUCAUUUCGGAAAAACAGAGGUUUCAUUGAGAUUAAUUCAUGAUAAAAUUAUAGUUAAAAAAAUUAAUGGAAAAAUUAUUGGCGAUAAUUUAUUAACAGUUGAAAAAUUUGUUUCAUUAAAUGAAUUAUUUGAGCUUCAGAAUGAAGAUAGUGUUGGUGCACUAAAAAAAAAGCAAGAAAAAAGGUCUUAA